CGCCGGCGGAACUGCGAUACUCUCUCCCAAGACCCAAGACUGACGUGGGGGUGGAGGUAGACUGGGAGUUCCAUUGAUUGGUGUUGCCAUGCCAUCAGGGUUCCAGCCGCUGCCUAUGCAUCAGUCCAAUUUCAACCCCGCCGCGAGACGCCUCGAGACGUCGUAGGAGAUAAAAGCUUGAUUGGAAGAAAGACACGCUGCGCAGAUCUCAGGGAUAAUGUCGUCCGGGUCGUUGAAAGACCUCACCAAGGCGCUGACCACCUCGAUACCAACCAUCUCCUCCCCUCUCCCUGACGACCUCCUGCAGGUGAUAAACGCGUACCUCGAGAAACACGAUGCGCACGACGACUCAGAUUCGCAGCGCCUGCAGGAAGAGUUACUGUCCAUAUAUCAGACCCAUGUCCACGACAAAGCUUCCCGUCUUGCGCCCUUUCUCGCCGUUCUGCGCAUAUUAAGGCCAGCGAUUCGAGGUUCGCGCAGGUUGUUGCAAUGGUGGGAUAAGCUCUGCAUCCCGGUCUUGAACAAUUUGGGGGAGGAGAAGGGAUUGGCGACGGAAACGAAGAGUACCAUACUCGAGCUCCUAGUUUAUGAUGAGGAUGAAGAGGAGGGGGAGCUCUUGGAUGACGCGCGAGCGACUUCUUCUGCCAUAUUAGAGAAUCUGCUCGGCUUAUGGCUUGAGAAGUCUAAGGUUGCGUCCGCAGAGUUCGACAACGAUGCUCGAUUUACGGAGACUCAGAUUCAGACGAUCUUGUUAGCAUUUGGGAAGAAGAGACCUAAGGAUUUCCUCACGACUAUCGAUAAAUUUUUCGUCAAGAAAGAAAGCCGGAUUUUGGUCCUUAGUCUGGUUUGCGAGUUCAUCAGACAUCAGCCGCCGCACCUACACCAGUUGCUCCAGACGCCGCUGUUUGGCAAUCUGCUCAAAUGUCUACAAGUCGAUACAAGUACGAGGGUUAUCUCGUUGGCGAUGACCGCUCUCGUUAUGUUUUUACCGCAUAUACCCAGCUCUCUGACUCCACAUCUUCCGGCCCUAUUCAAUAUCUACAGUCGUAUGCUAUUUUGGGAUAAGGAAAGGAGGGCAUCGGCUGAGAUGGCAAUGGACGAAGAAAGAGAAAACGAAAAGGGGCCACCAUCUCCCGAAGGUCAAUGGGACAAACUCUCAUAUCUGUUGGAAUCGGAUGACGAGGUUGUCCCGGAGCUGCUACAUUAUUUCACAUUCUUAUACGGAUUGUACCCGCUCAAUUUCAUGAGCUAUAUCCGGAAGCCGCAGAGAUAUCUCAGACAUGCGAAUUUCCCGGGUGCUGAUGAACUGGACGUGGCUCCCACGGAGAUUCGUCAACGGUCUGAACCUUUCAGACAGGUUCACCUCCUGCAUCCGAAUUUCUUCAUGAUGACGAUCGAAUCAGAACUAACUGAUAACAAACGGUGGAUGGGCAGUGAAGCUGCCGAUGUCGUUGCUGAAUGCAUGGCUUUGUACAAUCCUGGAGAAGGGGGAAAUCCUAUGGCCAGCAGAUCAAUGUGUCCUGGCCAAAGUCUUGACGCCAAUACGGAUGUUCCUGAGCAGCCAUUGCUGGAGGGUGAUGCUAUAACUCCGUACCACUCUCGGCAUACAAGUUGGCGGCAUACUCAAUCUACUGCCGUCGCGUCACCAGAUGACUACUACCGUUCGUCUGGAAUCCCGCGCAAAGGGUCUCUAGCAAGCCAGUCCAUACCAUCUGUCGCCAAUUCUCCGUCUCUGCGACCAUCAGAUCGUCUCGACAGUCCAACUCUGCCACCUCACAUAGUUGGAUCUGCCGCUCAGAGCCCACGCCGUGAAGCGUUGCGUCCCCAAAAAUCACGGGGCAGCAUCUACCGAUCACCUACAAAUGAUAGCCUCGCAUCCCUCGCAUUAUCUCAGAACAACAACGACAAUUCCGUUCACGUAGAUGCCUACUUGCAAUCGCUCACCCGCGAUCCCGUACCUCGAUCUCCUUCCAUCCGUCCAACUCAAACAGAUUGCGAACUCAGAAUUGCCUACCUGCACCGUGAGAUCCAACUUCUACGCAACGACCUCAACUUUGAGCGGUACUUCAAACAACAGCACCUCUCUCACAUUGGGCAGCUCCGUCGCAAGCAAAUUCGUGAGGCGCGCGCGGAAGCCGAGACCCAGAAUCUGAUCAAUUCGAAUCGAGGAUUGAAGGCGAAAUUGGAAGAAGUGAAGAGUAAUCUAAUGAGGAUGAAGAAAGAAAACGAGAAAUCAAAACAGCAUAGCAGGAAGUGGGAGGUGGAUUUGGCGAGCAAGCUGAGGACGCUGAAAGAGGAGCAAAAGAAAUGGACGCAAGAGCGGGGAGAAAUACUAAAGGAGUUGGAGAAGUUAAGAGAGGAUAAUAAGAAUUUGAAGGACUUGGUCCUGGCGGCUGAGAAAAAGGAGUUGAGCAUGAGCCAGAAGAUACAAAACAUCGAGAUCAACCUGGAUGAAUUGGAACGCCUGAGGGCGGAGGUAGACAGGCUUAACCUGAGCUUGAGGACCUACGAAGCGAAAGAAGCCGAUACUCUGCAGGCGAAGGAGAAUGAAGAAGAGGCCCUUCGCAAGGUCGUACUCCUGGAAAUGCAGCUACGCGCCCGCGACGAGGAACUAAUGAAAUCACGAGCUGCAUUCGAGGAAGAGAUACAAGAAUUGCGGGAAAGGCAUGAACAGGCUCUAAACGGUGGCAUCGAUAUGGCUAGGCGAGAGAGGUUGGAGCAGUCAGUGCUUGAUUCAGCACUGGCUGCGUCGAGGCAGAGAGUAAACGAGGUCCAGAACGCCCAUAAUCACCUCCUGCGUCGAUACACGGAACUGCAGGACAAAUACCUGGAAUUGAAAGAGGCGAAUGACGAAACUUGGAGAGCGGACGAGCCUCUCCUGUCUGGUAAUGGUGGAAGGGGUGCAGGGUCCAGUAUGUAUCCCCAGCUGUUAGCAUCACCGAGCGAGGGUUCCAGCAGAGAUAGCGCGUCGGCGAUAGGAGAGGAUGCGGGGCCUAGCGCUGGGCCAAGCGACCGCGCUGCAAGACCGGCCAAACUAGAGGCUAGUGGUCGGUCUUCUCAAUCGACUACAGAGAGAUAUCCGGGCGGUGGCGAAUAUGGGAUGUUCAAUCCCUUUACUCCUCCCGGAGGCGGUAGGAGCAGCACGGAUGGCGAGAGUCUCGACAUGUAUGGGAACCCAAAGCAGAAGAUCAAACCGCAGAGUGAUAUCCGGGUCUAUGGUCGAGGCGGGGUCCAGAACAUAGGCAAGAAAGAUAAAGAAGGGAAGAAGGAGAAAGGGAAGGAGAAGGAACAUGGGGGUCCGGCAACGGAUGGCAAGAAAGAGAAGAAGGGCGGUCUAGGGAUUAGGGGGAUUCGCGCAUUCGAUUUCUAACUGGAGGGCCACCCUGGGAAUGCAAACCCCAGGAUGUUUAUGCGGGCGAUUGGCGCGCGUGCUUGGGAUAUAGGAUGCAAGGGUAUAUAUUAUGACAUGACGUUUGAGCGACUUCACAAGGUUGACUGCGGCUUCGGAACCGCAGGGCCUGGGAUGUACGAUAGUAAUUACUGCAAAAGGUUUGAGAGGCAUAUGAGAGGUAUGUAUGUACUCUGAAAUGAUCGGACCCUUUUUCCUCUUCUGAG